AUGUCUUUCCAGACAAACAACCCCGGCGAGCAAAUGUUUACCAAGAUGAAUAUGACCGACCGAGAACAGCCAAAAGGUUGGUCACAAGUCGCAAGCUUUCUUGAAAAGUGCGAUAAUUUCAGUAUCUAUCGUGGGUUCGCAUCUCUUCACGCAAGAGUAUUAUUAUUCCGAACGAUCAAGAUCGCGGCACUAGAGAAACAGCUUCAUGGCUUAGACGUGAGUGAUGCGACAAACGGAGAUACAUCGGACCGACUCAGGGACAUUUCUCAAGCUGAAGCUAUGGAGCUUGGGUCUGAGCGAGAGGAGAUAAUUCUCAGUUUGAAUCAAGAGUUACUCGCUUAUGAAGGUGCACUUUUGAUACAAUUCCAGAAGCUGAAAUCAUUUUCGCCGACACCAGAGAAAGAUCACUUGUCUGUUUAUAGAUGGUUUUGCGGGGAGAAGCUGUUGGGUCUCGAACAAUGCGAAUGGAUGCGUCAACCGGAGGAUUUCAUCUCGCUCGUUGCCCCACAGAGCAACCGAUUGGAAAGAUUUGUUGAGGAUAAUUUGAACACCCGGCCAAUAUCGUGGUUCCAAAAGUACCUGCUCGCCAAACCUAAACGCAACAACCCUACAGAAAAGACGGUCAAGUCCUUCUCUACUUUCCGCAUCAGCAUGUUUGCCAAACUACUGGUUGUUUGCAUGACAGUAUUGAUACUGGUCAUACCUGUAAUUCUCUUUUUGACGGUCAAUAUGGAGCCAGGAUGGAUGGCAUUUAUCGCGCUCGCAUUCGUCUUUCUUUUCAGCGUCAUGAUAAGUCUACUUACGGAAGCGGGUACCCAGGAAAUCUUCGUUGGAACGAGUGCUUAUUGCGCGGUGCUCGUUGUGUUUUUGGGAAAUUUGAAAGGACCUGCUUAG